AUGACACAAAAGCGCUUGCCCCUGCCCACAGCGCUCACAGUUGAGGCGACACCGAGGUCGUCAAUUCGAACCGGUGGGGUGGGGGGAGUGUGGACGGACGGACGGACGUGGUUAGUAAUAAUAUCGACGUUCGCGCGCACGCGCCGCGCGUUAUUGUUGCGGAAGACGAGGGUUCGACUGACAACAGCGGUCUCGCCCUGAUCAUCGGACUGCUUUGGUGGUGGUGGUGGUGAGCAACUCCCGACGACGUUCGGGUUUCAGUUCGGCGUCGUUUCGUCUUGAGAGGAAGGGGCGAGGAAGAAGCAGAAGGCGGAAGAGGAGACGCGAGAGGUGGAACUGAAGAGCAAGAGGCGAGGUGCGACGCCUGCGAGUGAAACCAGAGCCACUGUAUGCCCCACGCGCCGAUAUAUAUAGAGAAUAAGAAGACACUCUCUCGUACUGUAUAGGGAGGGGGGGUAUUCGAUAUCGGGUCGUGUCGCUCGCUCCCUCGCUCUCGGAUAACCUCGGCGUCCGCGACUCGAGCAAAGCAAGGACAAGACCACACGUGCACCAUGACUGACAUCCUCUCCCUGCCGGAUCUCCAUUUAGAGGGCUUCCUGGAGAAACAGAGGGAGAAACUGCGCUUCCACUGGCGACGCUACUGGUUCGUGCUGAGGAACAGCUCGUUGUGUUACUACCCCAGCAGAGGCAGCCCCAUGCCCCGAGGGAGAGUGGACGUCCAUUCGGUGCAGUCGGUGCGGGAACUCAACACGGUGAACCGCGAGCACGUGUUCCAGGUGGUGCUCAGCUCUGGCAAGGUCAUCAUCUUGGCCGCCGCGUCGGGCGAGCAGCGCUCCGUCUGGAUCCAGUUCCUGUGGAAAUGCAUGCAGCUGCCGGGGCCCGGCCGCAGCGUGUCGGCGUGCGCCUGGCACGACAUCCCAGAGCUGCUGGAGAAGGCCACGAGGCUGCGGGAGGAGGAGGAGGAGCGCGGCCUGGAGAGGAGCCUCUCGGAGCGCACGGCCGGAGGCUCCUGCCGAUCCUCGGGCAUCGAGUCCGGAGACGGCGGAGGGCGCGGCUCGGCGGGCCUGGUCAGAUCCGCCACCGUCACGGCCGUCACCCCCGGCGGCGCUCGACGUGGCGACGCGCGUUUGUCGGGAACGAAGUCGUCGUCGUCGCCGUCGGGCGGCCGGUGUCGCUCGCGCGGUUCGCGCGUCGGUGUGACGGUCACGCAGAGCCUGGCCGACGUGCUGUCCUUCAUCAAGCCCGGGUACCGCUGCAGCGGCGCCUCCUCCUCCUCCACCGCCUCGUCCGACAGUGACUCUCAGACUAAGAGAGACAGCCUGGACUCGGGACUCUCUGACAUGGCGGAGCAGCAGGGCUCCGAGGGGCUGACUCUCGGCAGUCGGGGAGCAAAAGACGCCGCGUGGGAGCGGCCGGACAGCCUCCUGGAGGCGCCCGGGGAGCCGAGACGCGCGGCUGAGGAGGAGACGCACGGACAGAUUCACGCGGCACCUCGCUCCGGCAGCGCAGCGCCGACCUGCGUGGAAACGGACGGCAGCAGCGGGACGCUCUGCGCCACCACGGACGCCGAGGCCGCGAGCGGGGCCCCCACCUCCCCGGGCGCGGGGGAGGUCCCCGACCCCCCCGAGGGGGUCUCCAUCGACGCAGCCUGGGGUCACGGCAGCGAGGUCGUCUUGGGGUCGAACGCGAGGGAGUCGAGAGACCUGGAAGAGGUGCUGUACGAGGCGAUGAAGUAGCAAGGACAGGACUGGUGGACAGCUUCCUGUGGUGCCAUGAGGUGACGGCUUCACCGGUACCACCACCAUCUUCUGGCGCCCUCGCUGUUCAUCACGAAGCUUCGUGCGGCUACGGUGGACUUGAUGGGGUUUUGUUUUUUGUUUUUAUUAAACCGUGGUUUUAAUCGCCCGGGAUGGACAUCGUGAAGCGGGGAUGUGGACGCAAGCGAGUGAGCGGAACUUCACGGAGAAGAUGGAAAAACUCCCGGACCCCACUUUGCGUCUCGAUCCUGCAAGUGGGGUUUCUUUUUUUUUCUUUGUUGGAACGUACCGGCGACCGAAACACAAAA